AUGGAGACCGGGGGCCCCAAGGUUCUGGAGACGGUGGAGGAGAUCCAGGAGCGGCGCCAGGAGGUUCUGGGCCGGUACCAGAGGUUCAAGGAUCUGGUGGCAGAGAGAGGCCAGAAGUUGGAGGAGUCCUACCACUACCAGGUCUUCAGGAGGGACGCCGAUGACCUGGAGAAGUGGAUCCUGGAGAAGCUGAAGGUCUUGGAAGACAAGAGUUAUGAGGAACCCAGCAACAUACAGGGGAAGUACCAGAAGCACGAGGCCCUGGAGGCCGAGGUGCAGGCCAAGUCGAGGGUCAUCCCCGAGCUGGAGGAGAUCAGGACCGUCCGAUUCGCCGAGGGCCACUUUGCCCACGAGGACACUAAGGCCCAUCUGGAGGAGCUGCGCCGCCUGUGGGACUUCCUGCUGGAGCUGCUGCAGAAGAGAGGGGCCCAGCUGCUGCGCGCCCUGCUCCUCCAGCGCUUCCUGCAAGAGUGUGCCGACAUCCUGGAGUGGGUGGCAGACAAGGAGGCCAUCGUGACGUCGGUGGAGCUGGGGGAGGACUGGGAGCGCACAGAGCUUCUGCACAAGAAGUUUGAAGAGUUCCAGGUGGACCUGGGUGCACGCAAGGGCAGGGUGGAUGGUGUGAACCAGUACGCUGAGAAGUGUGGGCAGGAGAACCAUCCAGAGCUGCCCCUGAUCCGGGAGAAGCAGGCCGAGGUGAACGCCGCCUGGGACCGUCUCCACGACCUCGCGCUCCAGCGACGGAAGACCCUGUCCAAUGCAGCGGACCUCCAGCGAUUCAAAAGGGACGUGACGGAGGCCGUGCACUGGAUCCAGGAGAAGGAGCCGCUGCUCCGGUCCGAGGACUGUGGCCGGGACCUGGUGACCGCCGAGGCGCUGUUCCACAGUCACAAAGGCCUGGAGCGCAGCCUGGCCGUCAUGGACGACAAGGUGAAGGAGCUGUGUGCCAAGGCCGACAAGCUGUCCCGAUCGCACCCCUCGGAGGCCGCCCACAUCCAGCAGAUGAAGGAGGAGCUGGCGGCCAGCUGGCAGCAUGUGCGGGCACUGGCCACCCGCAGAUACGCACAGCUGCAGGCGUCCUACUGGUACCAGCGGUUCCUGUCUGACUACGAGGAGCUCUCGGGCUGGAUGAGAGAGAAGACGGCUCUGAUCAACGCGGAUGAGCUGCCCACGGACGUGGCCGGUGGGGAAGCCCUGCUGGACAGGCACCAGCAGCACAAGCAUGAACUUGACUCUUACGAGGACCGAUUUCAGUCUGCGGACGAGACUGCCCAGUCUCUGCUGGAUGCCAAUCACGAAGCAUCUGAGGAAGUUCAGGAGAAGAUGGCCGUCCUGGCCAGCAGCUGGGCGGCGCUGCGGGCGCUGUGGGACAGACGGCAGCAGCAGUAUGAGCAGUGCCUGGACCUGCACCUCUUCUACCGCGACAGUGAGCAGGUGGACAGUUGGAUGAGCAGGCAGGAGGCCUUCCUGGACAACGAGGAGCUGGGAAACUCCGUGGGUAGCGUGGAGGCUCUCCGGCAGAAGCACUCGGACUUUGAGAAGGCUUUCUCUGCACAGGAGGAGAAGAUCACGACUGUGGAUGAGACGGCAAACAAGCUGAUUGAUAACGGCCAUUAUGACUCAGAGAAGAUCGCUGUCAUCCGGGACGGGCUGUUGGCUCGGCGGGACGCCCUGCGGAACAGGGCGGCCACGCGACGUGAUAAGCUGGAAGCAUCCUUGCUUCUGCAGAAGUUCUACCAGGACUCAGAUGACCUAAAGAAUUGGAUCAACAAGAAGAAAAAGUUGGCAGAUGAAGACUACAAGGAGACGCAGAACUUGAAGAGCCGCGUUCAGAAGCAGCAGGUGUUUGAGGAGGAGCUGGCAGACAACGAGAACCUUCUCCACAGCUUAGAGCAGACUGGCCAGGAGAUGAUUGGGAAGGGUCACUACGCCUCGCCCCAGGUGGCCGCGCGCGUGGAGGAAGUCUUGGGGCUCUGGAAGGAGCUGCUGGAGGCCACAGCACAGAGAGGGACCCAGCUGCACGAGGCCAACAAGCAACUGCAGUUUGAGAACAACGAGGAGGACCUUCGGCGCUGGCUGGAGGAGGUGGAGUGGCAGGUGGCUUCCGACGACUACGGGAAAGGCCUGGCCGACGUGCAGAACCUGCUGCGGAAACACGGCCUGCUGGAAACAGCCCUGGCCACCCGCCAGGGCCAGGUGGACACCCUCACAGACCUGGCGGCGUACUUUGAGGAAACCGGUCACCCCGACGCUGCGGACCUCCAGGCUCGGCAGCAGGCCCUGGCGUCUCGGUUUGAGGCUCUGAAAGAGCCGCUGGCCACCCGGAAGAAGCGGCUGGUGGAUCUGCUAUGCCUGCAGCAGAUCUGCAGAGACACUGAGGACGAGGAGGCCUGGAUCCAGGAGACCGAGCCCUCCGCUGCCUCCAGCCACCUGGGCAAGGACCUGAUUGCCUCCAAGAACCUUCUCAACAGGCACCAGGUCAUCCAAGCCGACAUCGACAGCCAUGCGCCGCGCAUCCAGGCCAUUACGGAGCGGGGCAACAGGAUGGUGGAGGAAGGACACUUUGCUGCAGAAGAUGUGGCCUCUCGUGUCCAGAGUUUGAGAGAGAAGAUGGAGUCUCUGCAGGCCCGAGCGACGCGGCGUCAGAAGGACCUGGAGGCCAACGUCCAGUUCCAACAGUACCUGGCUGACCUGCACGAGGCUGAGGCGUGGAUCCAGGAGAAGGAGCCCAUUGUCGACAGCACCAACUAUGGGGCAGAUGAGGAGGCGGCCGGGGCUCUUCUGAAGAAGCAUGAGGCCUUCCUCGUGGACCUCACAGCCUUUGGAAACAGCAUUCAGGCCCUUCGGGAGCAGGCAGACGCCUGUCAGCAGCAGACGGCUCCAGCGGAGGGGGCUGCCCCCGAGGAGAGGGUCGUGGCUCUGUACGACUUCCAGGCUCGCAGUCCCCGAGAGGUCACCAUGAAGAAGGAUGACGUCCUGACCCUGCUCAGCUCCAUCAACAAGGACUGGUGGAAGGUGGAGGCUGAGGACCACCAGGGCUUCGUGCCCGCAGUGUACGUCCGGAAGCUGGCCCACGACGAGCUCCCUGGGCUCCCCCCGCGGCGGCGCGAAGAGGUCGGCAGCAUCACUCAGCGCCAGGAGCAGAUAGAGGACCAGUACCGCUCCCUCCUACACCGGGCAGAGGAGCGCAGACGUCGACUCCUGCAACGCUAUAAGGAGUUUCUGCUGGCCUACGAGGCCGGGGACAUGCUGGACUGGAUCCACGAGAAAAGGGCAGAGCACAGUGGGGUGGAGCUGGACGAUGUCUGGGAGCUGCAGAAGAAGUUUGAUGAGUUCCAGAUGGACCUGAAGACCAAUGAGCCUCGACUGAAGGACAUCAACCAGGUGGCAGAUGAUCUUCUGUAUGAGGAACUUCUAACUCCGCAAGGAGCUCAAAUCCAGCAGGAGCUGAAUUCCCGCUGGGGCUCCCUGCAGAGGCUCGCUGAGGAACAGCGCCAGCUGCUGGGCAGUGCUCAUGCUGUCCAGAUGUUUCACAGAGAAGCAGAUGACACAAAGGAGCAGAUAGAGAAGAAGUGCCAGGCCCUGAGUGCAGCUGACCCUGGCUCGGAUCUGUUCAGUGUGCAGGCCCUUCAGCGGCAGCACGAAGCCUUCGAGCGAGACUUGCUUCCCCUGGGAGAGAAGGUGACCGUCCUCGGGGAGACGGCAGAGCGACUUAUCGAGUCCCACCCAGAUGCCGUGGAGGACCUGCAGAGACAGCGGGUAGAGCUGAACGAGGCCUGGGCUGACCUGCGGGGGCGUACGGAGGAUCGCAAGGAGAGCCUGAGUGAGGCCCAGAAGUUCUUUCUGUUCCUCAGCAAGGCCAGGGACCUGGAGAACUGGAUCAGUGGCAUCGGGGGCAUGGUGUCUUCUCAGGAGCUGGCUGGUGACCUGACAGGCACAGAGAUUCUGAUGGAGCGCCACCAGGACCACCAUGCUGACAUGGAGGCAGAGGGCCCCUCCUUCGAGGCCUUAGAAGACUUUGGCACAAAACUUAUAGACAGUGGGCAUCGGUCCAGUCCUGAAAUUGAGGAUAAGCUUCAGGCUGUCCGACUUGGGAGAGACAGUUUGGAAGAAGCUUGGGGGAAACGCAAGAAGAUGCUGGAUCAGUGUCUGGAGUUGCAGUUGUUCCAAGGGAACUGUGACCAGGCAGAGAGCUGGAUGGUGGCCAGAGAGAAUGCCCUGAGAGCAGAGGACAGGGGCUCGCUGGACAGCCUGGAGGCUCUGAUGAAGAAACGCGAUGAUUUGGACAAAGCCAUUGCCGCCCAGGAAAAGAAGAUCACGGAACUCGAGCACUGUGCUGAGCAGCUCAUCGCUGAUGACCACUAUGCCCGCGAGGUUAUUGCGGCCCGACUGCAGCGUGUGCUCGACAGGUGGAGGGCUCUGAAGGCACAGCUGGCCACUGAGCGUACGAAACUGGGGGACUGUGCUGACCUGAAACAGUUCUACCGGGACCUGGAGGAACUGAAAGAGUGGAUCAGCGAGAAGCUGCCCACGGCCUGUGAUGAAUCCUACAAAGACCCCACCAACAUCCAGGCAAGCCCUGAACCCCGAGACAGCAGCUGGAAGUACCUAAAGCACCAGACCUUUGAGAACGAGGUCCACGGCCGGGCUGAGCAGGUGGAAGGGCUCCUCAACUUGGGGAACUCCCUGAUUGAGCGGAGAGCGUGUGACGGCCAGGAGGAGACCGUGAAGGGGCAGCUGGAGGAGCUGGAGAAAGAGUGGGACCACCUGCUGGAAAGAACCAUCGACAAAGGGCAGAAGCUCAACGAGGCCAGCAGGCAGCAGAGGUUCAAUACCGGUGUCCGGGACUUCGAAUUCUGGCUGUCAGAGGCAGAGACCCUGCUGGCCAUGAAGGACCAGGCCAGGGACUUGGCUUCAGCAGGAAACCUGCUCAAAAAGCAUCAGCUCCUGGAGACGGAGAUGUUGGCGCGGCAGGAUGCGCUCGAGGACCUGAAUGAGCUGGCUGCUGAACUGCUGUCCAGCGGGACCUUCAACACUGAGCAGAUAGUGGAGAAGAGGGAUGCGGUGAACCAGCGGUUCCUGAACGUACAGGACCUGGCCUCUGCCCACCACGAGAAGCUGAAGGAGGCCCAUGCUCUGUUCCAGUUCUUCCAGGACCUGGACGAUGAGGAGUCAUGGAUCGAGGAGAAGCUGGUGCGUGUGGGCUCCCAGGACUUUGGGCGGGACCUGCAGGGCGUCCAGAACUUAUUCAAGAAACACCGACGGCUGGAGGGGGAACUUGUCGCUCAUGAGCCUGCCAUCCAGAACGUGCUGGACAUGGCGGAGAGGCUGGGGGACAAGGCUGCCGUGGGCCGAGAGCAGAUCCAGGAGCGGCUGGCUCAGUUUGUCCGACACUGGGAGGAUCUGCAGGCGCUGGCCCAAGCUCGGGGGCAGCGGUUAGCCGAGUCCCUGGAAUUCCUGCAGUUCAUGGAGAGUGCAGAGGAGGAGGAGGCCUGGCUCAGUGAGAAGGAGGCUAUGGCAGGCCGAGGCGAUUCCGGGGACACGCUGGCUGCCACACAGAGUUUACUGAAGAAGCUCGAAGCCUUGGAGAACGACUUUGCUGUCCAUGAGACCCGUGUGCAGAGUGUGUGUGGCCAAGGAGAGGACAUUCUGGGCAAGGGAGACUCUCAGCACCAGGACAAGAUUUCUGCCAAGAUGCAGGCUCUGAAGGCCAAGGCUCCUGCUCUGUCCCAGGCGAUUGCAGCCUGGAAACUGCAGCUGGAUGAUGAUUACGCCUUCCAGCACUUCAGCUGGAAGGCGGACACGGUGGAGGCCUGGAUCGCUGAGAAGGAGGCCAGUCUGAAGAUGGGGGGCAACGGCACAGACCUGGAUGCCUUCCUCACCCUCCUGGCAAAGCAGGACACACUGGAUGCCAGCUUGCAGAGCUUCCAGCAGGAAAGGCUGCCUGAAAUAACGAACCUAAAGGACCAGCUGCUGGCUGCCCAGCACCACCAGGCCAAAGCCAUUGAGGACCGCCACGCCGCCCUGCUGCAGCGCUGGGAGCUCCUGCUGGUGGCCUCCGCCUCCCACAGACAGAAGCUACUGGAGAAGCAGCUGCCCCUGCAGAAGGCCCAGGACCUAUUCAUGGCAUUCGCACACCAGGCCUCGGCUUUCAACAACUGGUGUGAGAACGCUGAGGAGGACCUGAGCGAGCCUGUGCACUGCCUCUCCCUGAAUGAGAUCCGGCAGCUGCAGAAGGACCACGAGGCUUUCCUGGCCUCCCUGGCAGGGGCCCAGGCUGACUUCAACCACCUGCUGGAGCUGGACCAGCAGAUCAAGGCCCUGGGUCAGCCCUCCAGCCCCUACACUUGGUUAACUGUGGAGGUACUGGACAGGAUCUGGAAACACCUGCCCGAAAUCAUCAAGGAACGGGAGCAGGAGCUGCAAAAGGAAGAGGCCAGACAGGUGAAGAACUUUGAGAUGUGCCAGGAGUUCGAGCAGAAUGCUAGUGCAUUCCUUCAGUGGGUCUUGGAGACCAGGUCUUUGCUCAAAGAAACAGGGACGCUGGAAUCUCAGUUGGAAGCCAAUAAAAGGAAGCAGAAGGAGAUCCAGGCAAUGAAGCGGCAGUUGACCAAGAUAGAGGACCUGGGGGACAGCCUGGAAGAGGCUCUGGUCCUGGACCUCAAGUAUAGCACCAUCGGCCUGGCCCAGCAGUGGGACCAGCUGCACCAGCUGGGGGUGCGGAUGCAGCACAACCUCGAGCAACAGAUCCAGGCCAAGGAUACCAUCGGUGUGAGCGAGGAGACCCUCAAGGAAUUCAGCACAACCUACAAACACUUUGAUGACAACCUGACGGGGCGUCUGACUCACAAGGAUUUCCGCUCCUGCCUGAGAGGCCUCAACUACUACUUGCCCAUGGUGGAGGAGGGUGAACCCGAGCCCAAGUUUGAGAAAUUCCUGGACGCCGUGGACCCGGGAAGGAAGGGCUAUGUCUCGCUGGAGGACUACACCUCCUUCCUGAUCGACAAGGAGUCAGAAAACAUCAAGUCCAGCGAUGAGAUCGAGAGUGGAUUCCAAGCCUUGGCAGAGGGCAAAGCCUACAUCACUAAGGAAGACAUGAAGCAGGCUUUGACUCCCGAGCAGGUGGCGUUCUGUGCUUCGCACAUGCAGCAGUAUGUGGACCCUCGGGGCCGAGGCCACGCAGCUGGCUACGACUACGUAGGAUUCACCAAUUCCUACUUCGGCAAUUGAGAGCAGCUCU